GGCUUCCCAGGCGUCCUUCCCUACCAACUCCCGACUGCCUCCGAUCAAAUCCACUCCAUCCUCACCACCACUAACAAAAUUCCACUCAUCGUCAAUUGGGUCCCCACGCCGCCGAUCCAGGCCCAAGUGGAUUCAGCUCUGAAGGUCGUAGAAACCCUCCGACGAGAGGCGGAGGCGCCGGAGGAAGAGCCGAUGACGCUGGGAGCGGAGGAGUUUAAGCAGUGGGUGGUGGUGCUGUUCGCGGAUGCCGUGGCGGAGAAGGCUGGGAAGGCUCUCCUGCAGCGUGUGCCGAUUGGAGUCGCCGGGAUAGUUGGGAUUGGUGGCGUCCAAAGGAGUUGUUACGGAACUGGUCAAAUUGGGGGUAGUACCAACCAGGAUGUCAAGUUUCCCAAACUGGGUUUUGAUGAAAUCGGCAAGAGAAGAGAUGCUGGAGCUGUCUGUCACGUCGAGCUGAUGGUAAACGAUGUUAUCGGAGGAGACGCCAUGGUUGGUUAA